ACCUGAAACUGCACCUCCAGAGCACAGACUAUGGGAACUUUCUGGCCAAUGAAGCCUCCCCCCUCACUGUCUCUGUCAUAGAUGACAAGCUGAAGGAGAAGAUGGUGGUGGAGUUUCGUCACAUGAGGAACCAUGCCUAUGAGCCCCUAGCAAGUUUUCUGGACUUCAUCACGUACAGCUACAUGAUCGACAAUGUCAUUCUGCUGAUCACUGGGACUCUGCACCAGCGUUCCAUCUCCGAACUGGUGCCCAAGUGUCAUCCUCUGGGAAGUUUUGAGCAGAUGGAAGCUGUGAACAUUGCUCAGACGCCUGCGGAACUGUACAAUGCAAUCCUGGUGGACACUCCCCUGGCUGCUUUCUUCCAAGACUGCAUAUCUGAACAGGACCUGGAUGAAAUGAACAUUGAAAUCAUUCGAAACACGCUGUAUAAGGCUUACCUGGAGUCCUUCUACAAGUUCUGCAAGGUGCUGGGAGGUACCACGGCAGAUGCCAUGUGCCCGAUCCUGGAGUUUGAAGCGGACCGGAGGGCCUUCAUUAUCACCAUCAACUCAUUUGGUACUGAGCUAUCCAAGGAGGACCGAGCGAAGCUGUUCCCACACUGUGGCAAGCUCUACCCUGAGGGCCUGGCUCAGCUAGCCAGAGCAGAUGACUACGAACAAGUCAAAAACGUUGCUGACUACUACCCUGAGUACAAGCUGCUAUUUGAAGGGGCUGGCAGCAACCCUGGAGACAAAACCCUUGAAGACAGGUUCUUUGAGCAUGAGGUGAAGCUGAACAAGCUGGCCUUCCUCAACCAGUUCCACUUUGGAGUGUUCUACGCCUUCGUGAAGCUGAAGGAGCAGGAGUGCCGCAACAUUGUGUGGAUCGCAGAGUGCAUCGCCCAGCGGCACAGGACCAAGAUUGACAACUACAUUCCCAUCUUCUAAACCUGCUUUGCUCCUGACCCACCUUCCUGCCCCUGGAGUCCGGAGGGACCCCUGUCUAACUCCCCGAGUGAUCCCUUGCCCAGACUCCAGGGAUGUCCCAUCUGUGGAACUGGCUCAGAUGAGGAAACUGUACAGUUACUAGUUAAAUUAUUCACAAGCUGAAGUUUGAGUUGUGUGCGCUGUGAGGGGUCCGGAGGGACCAGUGGCACAGGCUUGGCCCUGUGCAGCAGGAGGGAUGCCUCCUGUUGUGUAUCUCAUAGUCCCUGUGCUUCUGUAUUAAUCUGCUGUAUGUGCUUACGCUCGUAGAGCAAGCACCAGCUGCGGGGUUGAUGCCUCCAAGGGGUUCCCACUGCU